UCUCACUAGAUAUCUCGGAGAUAUCGAGCUGGGCUGCCAACAACACGUCUUCACCUGCGUUCUUCAACGUCUCGCAACUAGUCAUCUUACUACACGAACCACAUUCAUUGGCAAUAACGCAAGCGGUCCGUCACGAAACAUCUACACAGUUUUCGACCAUUUAUUAUUAUCAUGGAGCCUCGACGUAACUUCCCCAAUGGUCGCAGGUGCACUAUCCCCUUACCGCCGCCAAGGCACAACUCUUUCGAAUCCCAUACAAAGGAUCAACACCCUCGAAGUCGCGAUGCAGCGAAUUUCACAGCAUGGAUGGACCGUCAAUCCGAAAUGAUUACUACAGCCUAUGGAGAACCGUGGCAGCCAAGGCUCCCAGCUAGAUCAGCAUUGUCUACUAACCAGAGCAACGGAGAUGGAGAAACGGAGGCUGAGAAGAAAGAUCCAGCCAUGCAAUCGCAUGCCACCCAAGGCCGAGAUGAAAUAUUCAGGUUCACAACUCUAAUGAACACGGAAUCUGAAAGCUCCAAUUCCGCUUCUCGACGGCCACGCUGGGGAAGUCAAGCGUACACAAAACCGACCGUUUCCGCACAUAACAAUCACAGUCGCGGCAUGAAUGAACUUAAUAAGAGCGACUCCAUGGCUACCUCUGCCGAGGAAAUUCCUAUCGACUUGCUGCCAGGAGCACCCAAGGCGACGGAGAUCCUAAGUGAAGAGGAACUACAACACGACCAGACUUGGCAAACAGACGGCCAAGGAUAUCUCACUGAGCAGUUUGCAGAGCUUGGCUUGACAUCGUCAAAUCUCUACGUGGAGGAACUCUCAAUGAAUCUCCGACGCGCAGCGAUGGCAGACUCGCGGGUGAGAACAGACAAUUCGGCGCAUUCCAGCAAACAUUGCAGUUCGCGCUCGACGACGCCUUCAGGCGCGCAACCGGAGUCAUCGUCAUGGUCAAAGUGAGACUCUAUAACUACGCGAUGAGAGCUUCCUGAAAAUUGUCGAAAUCAGCAUGGAUUAC